UCCUCUGACCUACUCCAUCCUCAACCAAACACCAGAACCAUGACCUGCUGUGGCUGUUCAGGAGGCUGUGGCUCCAGUUGUGGUGGCUGUGGCUGUUCAGGAGGCUGUGGCUCCAGCUGUUGCAAGCCUGUGUGCUGCUGCAAGCCUGUGUGCUGCUGUGUGCCAGCCUGUUCCUGCUCCAGCUGUGGGGGCUGCAAGGGAGGCUGUGGUUCCUGUGGGGGCUGCAAGGGAGGCUGUGGUUCCUGUGGGGGAUGCAAGGGAGGCUGUGGCUCCUGUGGGGGCUGUGGCUCCUGUGGGGGUUGUAAAUCUAGCUGUUGUCAGUCCAGCUGCUGCAAGCCCUGCUGCUGUCAGUCCAGCUGUUGCAAACCCUGCUGCUCUUCAGGUUGUGGGUCUUCUUGUUGCCAGUCCAGCUGUUGUAAGCCCUGUUGUUGUCAGUCCAGCUGCUGCAAACCCUGUUGCUCUUCAGGCUGUGGGUCUUCUUGCUGUCAGUCCAGCUGCUGUAAGCCAUGCUGCUCUUCAGGUUGUGGGUCUUCUUGUUGCCAGUCCAGCUGCUGCAAGCCUUGCUGCUGCCAGUCCAGCUGCUGCAAGCCUUGCUGCUGCCAGUCCAGCUGCUGCAAGCCCUGCUGCUGCCAGUCCAGCUGCUGUAAGCCCUGCUGCUGCCAGUCCAGCUGCUGUAAGCCCUGCUGCUGCCAGUCCAGCUGCUGUAAGCCCUGCUGCUGCCAGUCCAGCUGCUGUGCCCCUGUGUGCUGCCAGUGCAAGAUCUGAGGUUUACAGGUCACAGUUCUCCACUAAUCCUGCGGACCAGCUCUCUCCAGACAGAGACAAGAGCAGCAGCCCUGAGCUCUGAGGUUCUCUCCUGGGUCUUCAUUCUUUGGUCUUGAAGCUGCAUCUCCUGACUGAGGGGGGGGGUGAGUCCUGGGGUAGAGAAGAACUCCUCUUGCUGGAAGCUCUCUCUUCAUUCCACACUCAAUGGAUCAGAUCUUCCUCCACUUCCUUCUCUCCAGUCUGCAAGACUCUGACCUCCUUGGCACCUGGCCUCACCUGGAGGCUACAUCAAGACCACAGGUAGGUGUCAGGCUAUGGAGUUCACCACAACUUGGGGCCCCAGGGAGCUGUGAAUCCUUUCCACCAAGCACUGGCCAGACCAGGCCCAUCUCUAUGUGACCUCCCCUGGGUUUCCAUUCUUUCUGAUUCUGUCUGGGUGAGCACACUGUGCCUUUGAUACAAACAUCCUUCAAUAAACAUUAUCUACCC